AUGGCGCCUUACUUUGGUCUUCGUGGAACGGCUUUGAGUCGUGCCAUCAUGUGGCUGGUUGUUUGUCCGGCUUUUCUGACAUAUGGAUACAAUCAAGGUGUUACUGGAGGUCUUUUGACUUUGAAGGCAUUUGCAGAACAAUUCCCUCAGAUGAACACACUCACUACGACGGGCGCUGAAAAACAUUACAACUCUACAAUUCAGGGAACCGUGGUCGCAUUAUACACCGUGGGAGGAAUGUUCGGCUCAUUAUCAUGCAUUCAGUUGGGAGAUAUUCUUGGUCGCCGGCGUAUUAUCUUUAUCACUACCUUCAUCUCACUUAUUGGAGCAGUCUUGAUGGCUAGUUCUUUCUCGCUUGCCCAAUUCAUCGUUGCUAGAUUGGUUCUCGGGUACGGCACCGGAGGAUACGUUGCUACCGUGCCAGUCUGGCAGUCCGAAAUCUCCAAACCCACCAAGCGUGGUGCACACGUCGUUACGGACGGAAUUUUCAUCGGCGCGGGUAUUACCAUCUCCCUCUGGAUCGACUUCGGCUUCUACUUUGUGACUGGCAGCUCAGUCUCAUGGCGGUUCCCUCUCGCCUUCCAGAUCGUCUUGUCCUUGAUCGUCAUGGCGUUUGUGAUGCUUCUCCCCGAGUCGCCUCGUUGGUUGAUUAAGAAGGGGCGUACCGAGGAGGCACGGGCUAUUCUCGCUGCGCUCGCUGAUACCGACGAAAAUUCCGAAGAAAUUACACUUGAGAUCCGCGAUAUUGAAACCUCUCUUGUUCUCUCUGGUUCUGGCUCCUUCAAGAGCUUACUCUAUAUGGGUGAGCAGCGUCUUUUCCACCGCACCGUCCUCGCAGCCUGUGGCCAGGUCUUCCAACAAAUGUGUGGUAUCAAUUUGAUCACUUACUACGCAACAACAAUCUUCCAACAAUACCUCGGUCUAGAUGCAACCAAGUCUCGGAUCCUUGCGGCAUCAAUGUGCCUCACGCAGCCGCUAGGUGGCUUCGUGGCAUACUUCACAAUUGACCGCCUGGGUCGUCGUGUCCUGAUGCUGUGGAGUGCAGCCGGCAUGUCUGUCUCAAUGGCAAUCCUCGCUGGUACAAACUCACUCAGCGACAACACUGCUGCUAUGAUCGCUGCGGUCGUGUUCCUCUUCAUUUUCGAGUUCAUCUUCACCAUCGGCUUCUCUGGAUUGACCUUCCUGUACGCGACUGAGGUAGCUCCAUUACAACUACGAGCAGCCAUUAGUGCUGUUUCCACCACGGCAGUAUGGAUGUUCAACUUCCUUUUGGCGGAGGUUACUCCCGUCGGCUUUGACACCAUUUCAUGGCGAUACUAUAUUAUCUUCGCCGUUCUCAAUGCUGCCAUUGUUCCGAUCGUGUACUUCUUCUUCCCUGAGACUAAUGGAAGAUCACUGGAAGAAAUCGACGAGAUCUUCAUCCAGUCCAAGAGCAUUUUCGAUCCGCCUCGCAUUGCUCGUUCCAUGCCAAAGCUUCAUGUGGCUGACACCCAUGGCGUCGAAGCGGCUGAGAUGGCCAAGGCUACGGACAGUGAUGAGCCCGGUGCGAAGAAGGCUUCCAAGUUCUAA